AUGGAUCAUGUAUACUCGACGAAAACUCAAGAAGAUUUCGCUUAUCGAGUUGAACAUGGUGGCAACGAUGUUUUUGGUUCUAAACCUGAUGUGAUUGAUGUUUUUCGAGGUAAAGGUGAUGGAACUAAUGCUUAUCGUGCUGAAAAUGAUGGAGAUGUGUACCGUGCUAAACCCGAUGGAGGCGUUGUGUUUUCGCCAAAACCAUUGGAAGGUCAAGUAUAUUCGACCAAAUCGGAGGAAAAUCAAGCCUUCAUCGAAGAUCACGAGCUGAUGGAUGAUCAGACCUCAAGUCCAGCGCAACGUACGAUUGGAAGUGAGAUAACGGUGGGCAGUGAGGUUAUUCUUCACGAUCACAAGUCCUUGCUUUGUGGUGAAAAGUGUUUGGACGAGAAUGGCACGGUGUCUUCAACGUGUUCGGAUCUGGUGGCUAUCGAGCAGAUGUGGUUUGAGUUCAGGAACAGUGUGAUCAAGUAUGUGCCACUGAACGAUAGGUAUACCUUUCUGGAGGGAUUGGACACAUUGUUGAAGGCAAAUCGACUCAAUAAGCUGCAGAAAACGUGAGUUAUCAUGGAUAAUAUCAUGAAUAACAUGGUUUUUGGCGGUUUUUAUCGAAACAUUUGUGUUUUUGUUUGAUUUUAGGUAACAAAUUGUAUAUUUUAAGUAACAUUUUGCAUAUUUUAGCUUCUGAAAGGUUUAUAUAUCAAUAUUAUAGCUAAAAAAGUUACUUUAAGGCUAAUAUUUAUGAUGUUUUACAGGUUUUUGAAGCCGAGGAGACCACCACAGCCUCGAGGUGAGAAGAGAGGUCGAGGACGGCCGAGGAAACGAGUUGUGUUUGAUGAGAAAAUGAGCUUGGAUUCUGGAUCUCAACCCAAAAAGAGUAAUGUUGAGGUAGGAUUUUGAUUGAAAAUGGCGACAACUUUCUUUACGGUGCAUAAAAUGGCAAGAACUUUCUUUACAAAACUCGAAAUGGCAAGAACUUUUUUUACAAAACAAAAAAUGGCAAGAACUUUCUUUACAAAACUCGAAAUGGCAAGAACUUUUUUUACAAAACAAAAAAUGGCAAGAACUUUCUUUACAAAGCGCUAAAAUUUUACAUUUCAGAAAGACGACGAUAUAAUCGAGAUUCAUCGAACAAGAAACGAGCCAUCAACAUCAUCACCCUACCCUUAUGUCCAUCGGCCAAACUACCGUAUCCCAUCAACGCUUUUUCAAUUUCCUCCACAGUACGGUAGAGUAACGUAUGUACCACAGCCUUUUCCAAUGUACAAUCAGAUGGGAAUGGGUUCUCAUUUCAAUAUGGUAUGUUUUAGGUUUUAUUGGUCAAAAUGUUUAUGUAUUUAGGUCAGAAAGUUUGUAGAAUUGGGACGCUUAAGCAAGCUCAAGCUGACAUUUGUGUUACCUAUUUUUCAACCAAAAUCUAAUUUUCCAAUUGCUCCCUGAUUAGCCUACUACAACAUCAAGUAUAAUAUCGUUUUUCGUAUAGAUCGAGAAAAUCAGCUUUAUUUACCUUAACCAUGUCAUUUGUAGCAUCAUCAGUUGCCAGCCACACCUUCCGAACCCAUCGAACAACAAAUGCCAGCUCUAGCAGAAGCGGUCAACAACAAAGAUGAAUAA